ACUUCCAGUUUGCCCGUCGAAGCCGCCAGUUGUUGUGGUCGUCGCCAGCGAAACGUGCGUCGCGUCGGUCGCGCCAUAUGAGAGCGUUCGUUCAGAUACAAAUAUAUACAUACAUACAUAUAUCUACGUGUUGUUUUUUUUUUGCUGUUUCCGAGUCAGUGUGUGUGUGUGUCUCUGAAAGCGAAAACUGGCGCUCAAGUUCAGUCAGCGAUUUGUCGAUUUCUAUGCAAAUUAUUACUCGGAAAAGAAACACAUAAAUAUAUAAUACGGAGUCGGACUCGGAGUCGGAGACAGAGUCAGCGUCAGAGUCAGCGUCAGCGUCAGAGGCAGAGGCAGAGGCAGAAGGAAAAAAGAGCGUGCUAUUUUUAUUCCGCUAAAUGUCGACUUGAGACUCACGUCGUCAGAUCCAGAGACAGAGCUAGAGCCAGAUCGAGAGACUGUAACCCGAGUCGCCGUCCACGACUGAGGAGAAAAAAUAAUAAGAAAUAAGACAGAAAAAACAGAAAAAAAAAAUAAAAAGCGGAGAAGCACAGAAAAACAGACAAACAGAAAACAGAUUGUAUCUGUAUCUACAGUCGCGACCCGCGGCCCGUUUGGUGUGUGUACUUGUACAUUAGUGCGGCGGUAUCUGUAUCUGUAUCGGUAUCGGUAUCGGAGGCAGAGUCAGAGUCAGAGGCAGAGGCGCAGGCGCAGGCGGCGGCAAAGCGCCAAAAGUAAUCGUUAACUAAAGGGAAAGAAAAAUAAAUAAAUACAAAAGUUUGCCGCUCCUCAGGCUCGUCUCCUCAUCCACCUCGUCGAGGAGUUCUCUGAUAGAUAGAGCUAUACGCGAACUGUCUGAUUUGCGUCUCUCUCUCUUUCUCUCUCGAUCUUUGUGAAGUGAAGUUCCGUGGAGAAUCAGGAGAUCAGCGAUCAGUGAUCGGCGAUCAUCGAGAUUAUGAAGCAUCAUCUUCUGGGAGCCAUGGAAUACCAUGGAGCCGUUUUCAUACUGAAUGCCUUCGAGCAGAACUACUACAACCGCAUUAAGGAAAUCGAGCGCCUGGCCGCUGCAGCAGCAGCUGCCGCAUCAUCCACUGCCUCCUCCCCCUCAGCAUCCUCCUCGUCGAGCGACCCGUCCGCCUCUUCGGCUUCCUCAUCCACGGCCAGCUCUCCCACAUCGACAGCCAGGGAAGUGGCCCAGGCCGCAGCCGCCCUGGCGGCCACUCAAAGGCUUGCCGCUUAUCAUGGCCAGGGGCAGGGCCAGGGCCAGGGACAGGGACAUGGACAGGGGGAGUUUCCUGCCCAGUCCGGGAUGUUCUAUCAGCAGCAGCAUCAUCGCCAGCAACUGGAGCAGCUGCAGCAGCACCAUCAGCAGCAGCAGCAGCAACAACAUCAGCUACAGGCGGUAGCCGCUAAUCAGCCACAGCAGCCCCAACCCCAGCCCCAGACAUCCGCGGAUCCCAGUGCCUCCAAUAUGGCCAACAGCCUGCUCUGGCAGCCCUGGCGAGACCUCCAGCAGGCGGCCGCGAUGCACCAUCAGCUCUACAAGCAGCAGCAACAGCAGUUGCACAAAGAGAUGCGAGUGACAUCAAAGGAGCUGCCAACCACCAAAUGGAGGCGCGAGCGCCGCCAGCGUACCGCCGAGUACCAGGUUCACGACGCCGGCGUCGGCAGCAGCGACAGGGAGCGGGAGCGGGAGGACCGUGAAAUGGACAGCCCCAUUGACAUGUCGGUGACAUCGGGGGCACUGAAGCUUCAUCAGAAUCGGGCCUCGCCGCCGCCGCCCUACCGCGAGCCCCUGCCGGGGACCAACUACGCGGCCAACAGCCGACCCAGCGUCAUCACCCAGGCACCGCCAAAGCGGGAGGUCCCAGAGCCGGCCCACUCCUCAGAGAACGUGGCCAUGUGCGACAUUGACGAGCACUUCCGCCGUUCGCUGGGCAAGGACUACGCGGCCCUCUUUGCUAAGAAGUCGCCAACGCCCACACCCACACCCACGCCCUCGCCCAGUGGAACUCCUAUGCAGCAGAUAUCGCCCCUGGCCUAUGGAUCGACAUCAGCAGGAGCAGGCGCAGGCGCUGGGGCAGGAGCAGGAGCAGGAGCAGCAGCUUCUCCUCUUCUCUACCAGCAACAUCGCUCGCCACUGCAGAAGCCUGGCCUGGCCAUGAUGCACUCGCCCACGCUGCGAUCGGGGCCAGAGUCGCCGCAGCUGGAGUUACCGCCGCCGCAGGAGGAACCGCUGCCGCUCUCACUGCAUCGUUCCCCGACGCCACCGUCGCCGUCACCGUUGCCGCUACUGCCGCCACAACUACCACAAACAUCAGCAACUGCUCCCAGCCAGGCACUGGACACACCGGUGACCGCCAAGCGAGCACUGGACACACUGCAUCACACGCCGCCCAGGUACAACACUCCGCCACCGCCGCCAGCGUACGGCAGCGUCCCAGCCUCUACGCCAACGCCGACUCCAACUCCAACACCAACACCGACCCCGACGCCAACUCCAACGCAGAUUCCCAAUCCCAGCAGCACCCCCACGAUGCCGGCGAUCAUACGCGUGAAGGCCGAGCCGGGAUUGGCAGCUGUGGCCGCAUCCUCGACGCAGACGCCACCCGCCUCGCCCACCUCGUCCACGAACAUUUCGAUAUUCACCAAGACUGAAGCCUCCGUCGACGAUCACUUUGCCAAGGCGCUGGGCGAGACCUGGAAGAAGCUUCAGGGUGGCCACAAGGAUUAGGAGGAGGAGCAGCCACUACACCCCGAUCCUGAACCCGAUCCCGAUCCGAUCCUCACCCAGAUCCAACUCAAGAGCUGUUUUUUUUUUUUAUUAUAAAUAUUUCAAACUACACAAUUAACGUUUAAAGAUCUCAUGACGAUGUGAAAGGAAAUUCUUCAACUGCGAGUGUAUUACAAUUACAAUAUGUUUCUGAUAAUGAUUUUUUUGAAUAUUGAAUAUUGAAUAUUGAUAGCGGUUAUAUACGGAUAU